AUGGUUCGAAAGAUCGGCAGACGAGCACGCGAAGCAUCUCCGUCUUCAUCGUCCGACGUUGCCUCUUCGUAUACACAUCCGGACUACACCGCUCGCAUUGUAUCUUCACUGGAAGCGUUGAACUCGGGCGCAUUGCCGGGGCUGGUCGUCUUUGAUCUAGACUACACACUUUGGCCUUUAUGGGUGGACACGCAUGUGGAUUCACCCUUGCGUCGACGAGGCAACGAUAUCAACAAGGUGUACGAUCGCAACAGCCAAGCGCUACAGUUCUUUCCACACGUACCAAGCAUCUUGUUCUGGUUGAAGAGAAGAGGGAUUCCGAUUGCUGCUGCGAGUCGAACCAGUGCACCCACAGUCGCAAGACAGGCGUUGAACGGUCUGUUCCUCGUUGACGAUUCCCAUCUGAUUGAAGGAUCCGAGCCACAUGCAUCGCCGAAAGUGGUAAAAGCAGCAGACUUGUUCGAGUACGAAGAGAUUUACCCCGGAAGCAAAAUCACACAUUUCCGCAACCUGCAGCGCGACUCAGGCGUCGAGUACGAGGACAUGAUCUUCUUUGAUGACGAGUACAGGAACGCCGAGGUCGGCAGCAAGUUGGGCGUUCAUUUUGUAGAGGUGGGCCACGCCGGUACGGAUCUGGGUCUGGUGGAGAAGGCGAUCAGAGAAUGGAGGGCCAAGAAGGCUGCGAGAGCGCAAAAGGCCGAACUGUGA